AUGAUCCUCGCCGACAAGCAGGACCUGCAGCGGCAGCUCACGCUCUCGCUCCUCCGCAUCGACGAGAAGGAGCUCGAGUACUUUACGCAGAACUGCUUCGCGAUGGGGACGCAGGCAGCGCUGAUCGCGCUCUUUGGCUUUGAUAAGAUGGUCGAGGCGCGGUCCGACGUGACGGGCAGCUCCAUGGGCGGAGAGACGGCGUUCCAAAUCAAGAUGGCGUGGAUCACGUUCAACGCGUUAAACAUGGUCGCCGGCCUCGCCGCUGUUGUAAAGGCGACGCAGAUGUCCAUUCGGAUCCCCGGGCUCGCGCUCCGUGGGCCCGAGGGCUCGAUGGCGCGCGCCGUGCAAGUGAUGCGGACAGAGUACUGGCGGCUGCACGCGUACUUUAU